AUGCGGCUGAUGAACAAUAUGGUGGAGACUUUGGUGGAUACACUAUAUCCUGGCAUUGUGAAUGGACAAAAACCAGAUCAAUACUUCCUUGAAAGAACCAUUCUUUCUGCCAAAAACGAUGCAGUUGACAGUAUCAAUGGCAACAUUUUGGAGAAGUUUCCAGGAGAGAAGGUGGUGUUAACAGGAGCGGACACAGUUAAAGGC